AGACUCAUGCGCGGAAGAACUGUGGGCUCUCUUGGCUCUCUGUGCGCCCUCCUUGCGCCCCUCCUCGUCGGUCAGCGGGACGCCCCUCUCGCUUCCACAUUCCUCCUUCUUCUUCUUCUUCUCAGCUCACACACUGCUGCGGUUGCCUGCUUUCCGCCGACCCAGGACUGUAGGCCGACCCGCCGACUUCAGUCCGAGCUAUGACGCCAAGAACACGGGCCUCUGACAGCUGAUGUACCUCAGAAAUGCCUUCUCUCCGAUGAGACGAUGAGCACACACACCCGCGGGGCCCCCACAGUCUUCCUCAUAAGUGCACUGUGGCCCCUGCUCUGUGGUGCUGCUGCUCUGGACCCCGGAGGACGCAUACCAUUCAUUGGGGGGAAUUAUGAGGGCCACCCCAUGCUGUACUUUGACCGGGGCGAGGUGGAGGAGCUGCAGCGGGCAGCGGCGGGCUCUCACCGUGAGCUGGCCAGAUUGAUCCGAGAUGCCGCAGAGGAGAUGCUCGAGCACCCUGAGGAGUACCUGCCCCCCUGGGGCCCUGCGGAGUUCACUAGCCGCUGGAACGAGAUCUAUGGGAAUAACCUGGGCCUGCUGUCCAUGUUUUGUCUGCUGUACCCUCACCGAGCUGGGGCCCUGGACAUGGCGCUCGAUUACAUGGAGAGGAUGGCAGCGCAGCCUAGUUGGUUUGUAAAAGACGCUCCGUGGGAUGAGGUUCCUGUGGCCCACUCAUUGGUUGGUUUUGCCACAGCCUAUGACUUCCUCUUUGAGUACUUGAGCAGACCGCAGCAGGAACACUUCCUCCAGGUGAUCGGCAACGUGACCCGGGACAUCUAUGAGAAGUCCUACGAGCGUGGCUGGGGUUUUCAGUACCUCCAUAACCACCAGCCCACCAACUGUGUGGCUCUGCUCACUGGCAGCUUGGUCUACAUGGCCCAAGGUUAUCUCCAGGAGGCGUACCUAUGGACCAAGCAAGUGCUGUCCAUCAUGGAGAAGUCCCUGGUGAUACUACAGGAGAUCACUGAUGGUUCUCUGGAUGAAGGUGUGGCCUAUGGGAGCUACACCACACGCUCUCUGUUCCAGUACAUGUAUCUGGUGCAGAGACACUUUGCCAUCAGCCACUUUCACCACCCCUGGCUCCUCCAGCACUUUGCCUUCCUCUACCGAACCAUUCUGCCAGGUUUCCAGAGAACUGUGGGGAUUGCUGAUUCCAAUUAUAACUGGUUCUAUGGUCCUGAGAGCCAGCUGGUGUUUCUGGACAGAUAUGUGCUGCGUAAUGGCAGUGGGAACUGGCUGGCAGAGAAGAUCCGUCAGAACCGAGUGACUGAGGGACCCGGGCAGCCAGCAAAGAGCCAGCGCUGGUGCACUCUGCAUACUGAAUUCAUCUGGUAUGACCCCAACCUCUCCCCCACCCCUCCACCAGACUAUGGCACAUCUCGGCUCCACUACUUUGAGGACUGGGGGGUUGUAACCUAUGGAAGUGCUUUACCAGCCAGGACCAACUCAACUUUCCUCUCCUUCAAGUCAGGGAAACUGGGCGGUCGUGCCAUGUACGACAUAGUCCACAAGAACAAAUACAAGGAGUGGGUGAAAGGCUGGAGGAACUUUAAUGCUGGCCAUGAGCACCCAGACCAGAACUCUUUCACCUUUGCACCCAAUGGAGUGCCAUUCAUCACUGAAGCCCUGUAUGGGCCUAAGUACACUCUGUUAAACAAUGCAGUGCUGUUUGGAUCAGAUGUUCCAGGGGCCUGCUUUAAGCCCUGGGCAGGACAGAUUACAGAAUCCUGCGACUCCAAGUGGCUCAAGUAUAAGACAGGGCAGGCAGCUGACACUCAGGGCCAGGUGGAGGUGGCCAUGCACAGGCAGGGCAUGGUGUUCAUCCGCGGAGAGGGCAGUGCGGCUUACAACCCCGAGCUGAAAGUACGCAGCUUCCAGAGGAACCUGCUGCUCUUACACCCCCAGCUCCUCCUGCUCGUGGACCAUUUUGCUCUGGCUGAGGACAGCCCCAGCAGAGCCAUGAGCGCCUUCUUCCACAACACAGAGCUGUCUUUUAGUGGGAUCAGGAAAGGUUCUGUGCAUGGGGCCUUUGUCAGACAUGAGAAUGACAAGUACAAGAUGUUCUGGAUGGAUGACACUGGCUUCAGUAACAAGGGUUCUGUGGGCUUCUGGAAGUACCCAUCAAACUUUGGUUACAAUGGGUCUAAUUAUGUGAAUGUGACUGCACCACUGCGCUACCCUUUCUCUAGGAUGGUGUAUGCCCUGUUUGGCCCUGGAGUGGAGUUACACUACUUGAAAGUACGUGGGGAUGAUCAGAGGCUGGAUAUUCGACUGUCCACAAAGCAGCAGGCAUACACAGUACAUCUUGUGACUGGGGCGGUGCCCUCUAGCCCACUAUAUGCCAUGAUUCUUAAUGGCCACCAGAAGGUGGUGUUUGAGAGGACCAUGGCUCAGGCAGAGCACUCUCCUGAUGAGGUGGAGGAGUAUGUAAACCUGGUGGAAGACAACCUUCAGCAUGUCAAGCCUGUGUUCCAGCAGAUGGAGAGGCACAUCCUGAGCAGAGUGCUCAACAGUGCCACCUUCAGGAAGGCUGCAGAACGCCUCCUGCAGUUCUCAGACAAGAAAAAAACUGAGGGAAUUAUUGAAAAAAUGUUUGCCAAGUCAAAGAAACAAGAGCGUGGGAAAAACGGCAGGAGACUGAACCUGGGAGAUAAGCUGUCGGAGAAUCUACCUGACAUAUUUACACAGAUCGAAUUAAGUGAGAAAAAAGAGCGACAGCGGGCGUUCCGCCGUGUUUAUGAAGACAAUCCAGAGAGCAAUGUGGACUCCCAUAUGUUUGUAGACUAUGUUGAUAAAAAGAGAGGCUUUGCCAGAGCACGGCUUAAAAAGUCCGAGGUCAACACUGGAGAGGCCCAGGCCCUGACCCACACAGGGCUCUACAUCAGACUGUUCUUGCUCAUGAACACAGGCACAUUCUUCCUGCUGUUGGCUGUGCUUGUGACACGCUUUCAGGGAGGACACAGUCUGCAUACUCACCGCUACUUCUACAGCAUCCUUCUCAUCGACAGCUGUAUCCUGCUCUUCCUCUACUCCUCAUGCUCCCACUCCCAGUGCUAACCUCUGCUCUUCCUCUACAUCCUCUUUUCCACUCUUUGGGACAAUUUGUAAUGUAAAUUGUGUGCUUGAAUGUGAUAUAAAUGUGAUUAAAAGAAUGUUGGUGGUGGAAGAAAUAUAUUGUAAUUAUUUUGUAUAAAAAUAUUUCAUAAAAGCUGUGUCUGUUCUCCAUGAGCCUUACCACUAGGACAGUUGGUGACCAUUUGAAAUCAGGUUCCUGUAAUCAGAUUAACGUCAUAGCUCUGCCACUAUAGCCCCACCAUCAAUCCACAUAUGUAAACUACCAUCCAC